GGACUUGUCCUCCCAGUUAGGAUAAUGUGUGCUUGAAGUUUUAUUGAAACGUCUGCACAGUCAGUGAAGUAAGUACAUUCAAUUUUUUUUUUAAAACAUCAAAAUUCAACGUUUUAGGUCUCUGCAACAAUGAAGCUGCUUUUGGCAGGAAUUGUUCUAAUUUUCAUCACCGGAUCUGAAGCUCAGUGGUACAGGUUUCCUCUUGAAGCUGCUCAAGGCGCUUACGAUAUGGACAAAGCCUACAAGGACAUGAUAGAUGCCAACUGGAUAAACUCUGACAAAUACUUUCAUGCUAGAGGAAACUAUGAUGCUGCGCAAAGAGGAGCAGGAGGUAGAUGGGCUGUGGAGGUUAUCAGUGAUGCCAGAGAGUGGGUACAGGGGAACUCGGGUCGUGGUGCUGAGGACACAGAGGCUGAUCAGAAGGCAAAUCGUUGGGGACGAGGCUGAGGAGAUCCCAAUCGUUACAGGCCAGCAGGACUUCCUGAUAAAUACUAAGAAAAGACUAUCAUGUGUAAUGAAAGUCAUGA